CUCAUCGCACAUUUCUCAACCAAUUCUCUCUCUGACCCUGUGUGUGUUUUUUUCACGAGAAAAAAGAGAAAUUUCCAAUGGCCCCCAAAGCCGAGAAGAAGCCAGCGGAGAAAAAACCGGCCGAGGAGAAGAAGUCCGCGGUAGCGGAAAAGGCUCCGGCCGAGAAGAAGCCAAAGGCUGGGAAGAAGCUGCCGAAGGAAGGCGGAGCUGGCGCGACAGACAAGAAGAAGAAGAGGACGAAGAAGAGCGUGGAGACGUACAAGAUCUACAUCUUUAAGGUGCUCAAGCAGGUGCACCCUGACAUUGGGAUCUCCAGCAAGGCCAUGGGCAUCAUGAACAGCUUCAUCAACGACAUAUUCGAGAAGCUCGCCCAGGAGGCCGCCAGACUCGCUCGCUACAACAAGAAGCCUACCAUCACCUCUCGGGAGAUCCAGACCGCCGUUCGUCUCGUGCUGCCCGGUGAGUUGGCCAAGCACGCCGUCUCUGAGGGGACCAAGGCGGUCACCAAGUUUACUACCGAGAAGAAGCCAGCGGAGAAAAAACCGGCCGAGGAGAAGAAGUCCGCGGUAGCGGAAAAGGCUCCGGCCGAGAAGAAGCCAAAGGCCGGGAAGAAGCUGCCGAAGGAAGGCGGAGCUGGCGCGACAGAAAAGAAGAAGAAGAGGACGAAGAAGAGCGUGGAGACGUACAAGAUCUACAUCUUCAAGGUGCUCAAGCAGGUGCACCCUGACAUUGGGAUCUCCAGCAAGGCUAUGGGCAUCAUGAACAGCUUCAUCAACGACAUCUUCGAGAAGCUUGCCCAGGAAUCCUCCAGGCUUGCCCGCUACAACAAGAAGCCUACCAUCACCUCUCGGGAGAUCCAGACCGCCGUGCGUCUCGUGCUGCCCGGUGAGUUGGCCAAGCACGCCGUCUCUGAGGGGACAAAGGCGGUCACCAAGUUUACCAGCUCUUGAAUUGUACGCCUGCCGGUACUAGCGUUUGUGAAAUUGGGGAAAAUUUUAGGGUUAGGGUUUCUUAUUAAUUUUUAAUCGGUUUCCCUUUUUAGUAUGUGUUUUAGCUGAUGUAAGUACUGAUAUGCUUUAAGAUUGAAUGAAAGUGUUUUUACCCAA